UUCCAUCUCCACAUGUCCAAAACAUUGGCUCAGCAACAGCAACUCCCAGAGUUCCUUGCGCUAGAGGUAAACAAGACGCGGAGCCAGCAAGCAGCUCAGACACGAUGCCCGUCCAAUGCGUGGCGUACGGCUGUGGGAAGACAUGCGCCGACAACGUGUCACUGCACACGUUCCCCAAGGACCCCGACGACUUUCGUAAAUGGGAGAAACAAGUGCAGCGCACCCGCAGCCAGUGGUUCGCCAGCGCCAGCUCCCACCUGUGCAGCGACCACUUUGGAAGAGAGUACUUUAAGCAGAGAAUCCGGAACGGCGUCAGUUUACGGCCCGGGGCCAUGCCCACCAUCUUCAUCAGACCACCUUGUUCCUCUUGCGAGGGAAAGGGCUGCAGCAACUGCCUCCAACUGCCGCCAUCCCACCAAAGAACCCCCGGGGACACAAAUGUUUCAGGAGCGGUUGAAGAUGAGGUCCCGCUAAUGGAUGAAGAGGAAGGAAGUGAUGAAGGGCAGGAUUAUUUGGGAUCUACUGUGGACGAAGAUGACCGACCAGCCAUCUGUGAGCGGUGUGGCACCAAGGGGAACAUCAACACCUUUUUCUCCAGGACCAAGCGCUUCUGCAGCACCUCCUGCUCCCGCUCCUACUCCUCCAACUCCAAGAAGUCCUCCCUGCUGGCCCGUCUGCAGGGACGACCACCGUCGAAGAAAGCCCUCAUUCUCGGGGUCGGGAAGCCGUUGGUAGGGAAGACCCCCAGAACUGCACCGGAUGGUGAGAGGAACACACACACACACACACACACACACACACACACACACACACACACACACACACACACACACACCCCCUCUGACACCUGUCCUCCCUGCACAGGGACACUGCAGUCCGGCUUCGACUGGGGCGCCUACCUGGACAAAGAAACCUCCCUGGCUGCCUCGGUCUCCUGCUUCAGACAUGCUCCGCUGUGUGUGCAGUGGGACGACAUUGCCGUGGGGAUGAAGCUGGAGGUCGCGAACACCAACGCCGUCCUACCCAGUAAGGUCUACUGGAUCGUCAGUGUCAUCCAGUUGGCAGGAUACAAAGCUCUGCUGAGGUACGAGGGCUUCGAGCACGACAGCAGCCAUGAUUUCUGGUGCAGUCUGGCCACUGGGGACCUGAACUCCAUCGGCUGGUGCGCAAUGAGCAGCAAGCUGCUGGUUCCACCCCAGGAUGUGCAGUUGAAAAUCCCAGACUGGAAGGAGUACCUGAUGAAGAAGCUGGUGGGGGCGCACACGCUGCCAGUGGACUUCUACAUCAAGCUGGCGGAGAGCAGCAAGUGUCCCUUCAAGCCCGGCAUGCGGGUGGAGGUGGUGGACCCCCGGCACAUCAGCCGGACCCGCGUGGCGGUGGUGGACCAGGUGAUCGGGGGCCGCCUGCGCCUGCUGUACGAGGACCUGAGCGACGCCCCGCCCAACACCGUGGUGGACUUCUGGUGCCACAUGCGCAGUCCGCUGCUCCACCCCAUAGGGUGGUCCAGCAAAGUGGGGCACGCUGUCAAGGUCCCCGGCAAGGAGACUCUGAGUCGCCGGGGCCACUACGACGGCUCCCCGUUGAACUUCAGAAGGCCCAGGACGGUGUUCAUGGAGGGAGGGUUCUUUGAAGUGGGAAUGAAAAUGGAAGCCAUUGACCCUCUCAACCUAGGAAACAUCUGUGUAGCCACCAUCCACAAGAUCCUAUUGGACGGCUACCUGAUGGUCGGUAUCGAUGGCGCGGAGCCCGUCAACGACACCGACCACUUCUGUUACCACGCCUCUUCUCACGCCAUCCUGCCCACAGGCUUCUGUGAGAAGAACAACAUUCCCCUCACCGUACCUCGAGGCUACGACCCUGACACCUUCGUGUGGGAGGACUAUCUUCAGGAGAAACAAGCCGUCUGUGCUCCCGCCAGGCUCUUCAACACGGACUACCUUGGCCACGGCUUCUCCCCCAACAUGAAGCUGGAGGCGGUGGACCUGAUCGAGCCGCGGCUGGUGUGCGUGGCCACGGUGCGGCGCCACGUGGGCCGCCUGCUGCUCAUCCACUUCGACGGCUGGGAGGACGAGUUCGACCAGUGGGUGGACCACCAGUCCCCCGACAUCUACCCCGUCGGCUGGUGUGAGCUCAGCGGCUACAGCCUCCAGGCCCCGCCCUCGCCCGGAGGACCAGAAAACCUGUCGGCACGCCCAAAGAGAGUCAAGUCCUUUCAGUAUGGGAGAAAAAGGAAGAAGCUUGCCAAGAGGAGACUCAGCCAGGGGGGGGCCCCACCGACCUCCGAAGACACCAGCGGGGCUCCGGGUCCCCAUCCCUCCAUCGGGGGUCCCCCCAGCCCCCCCAUCCCCUCAGCUCCCUCUGACCCCGCCAAGGACCAGAAGCUGGGCCUCAUCCAGCCCAAGACGGAGCCUGAGGAGCACGAGAUCAUCGCGGUCCAGGUGAAGGUGGAGGAGAUAGAAAUGGAGACUCCCAUUGGGCCUCCGGAAGACGCCAUCGAAGCCGUCACCAUCAAGCAGGAGAAGGUGGGAGAGGAGCAGGACAACCAAGACCAGGGUCAGCCCGGCCAGCAGCAGGGCACCGGGGAGGCAGCGCGGCCGAGGGGGCCGGAGCCCAGCGGGGAAGCACCCGGGGGAGCAGAGCCUGAGGACACCAGGCCCGGAGACCAGGGGCCGGGUUGAAGACGCCGCCGCACGCCCAGCUCAAGGGAUGAAGGAGUAGGACGGAGCAGAGGAGAGAGAGACCAACAGGAUAUGACUCAAGACAGGACGCAGGAUCGGACGAUGGAAGAGGCGUGGAUGGGAUGAUGUAAUGAAAGAAGGCCACAAAACUAAAACAUGUGACUACACUAGAUGUGACUCAUCAGGUCCUUAAAAGUUGUUCAUGAAGUCCACCUUUGUUUUUAUUGUAUUUUGAUUUAUGAGCCAAUUGUCAAACCACCCUUACCAGUCACUACCGAAAAGUUUUAUGACUCUUUGUUCCUUAUCAAUCCUUUCCCGGUACAACAGACCUCCAACAAACAUCACCAGCCCUCUAUUCUAUCUCUCUGCUCCUACUGCAGCAUUUACACACGUUUCAAAUCUCGAUUGCAGUUUGGUCACCAACACUGACAAUAUGGGGGUUUCCAGAAGGAAAAUGUUGAGUAUUUUGUAGUAUUAAUGUUGAGAUAUCAUGAUAAUGACACUGUAGACAUUUACAUGUACAUUUGUUUUGUUUUAUUAUUCUUUGUUUAACAGUUAUUUUCUCCUUUUGGUUUACGAGCAAUCUAUUGAUUAAAUGUAAACACUGAA